AUGCCCCCUCGAUCUUGCCAUGUCUGUAAUGAAAACGAAUCAAAAUAUACAUGCUCGAAAUGCAGGGCGACUGUCUACUGCUCCGUUGCAUGCUACAAACGACAUAAAGGUAUAACAAAAACACACGCCAGUACAUUUCCUUCCUUUCAUCUAGACCCUUGCUCAGACAGAACAUUAGCAGUACCACCUUCAUCCGCAGAAGAGACGGUCGACGAUCCAAAGCCGCUACGCCCUCUCACUUCUCUCAAUUGGCCCUACGUACCCGAAGAAUCAGCAUAUCCUGACCCAUUGAAACGUGAUGACCCAAGGCCGCUACAAGUUCACCAAUACGAAGCCAUCGCUACUUCCGCUGCUGUGCGUCGCGUGCUGGAGUUGAAUCCUCGUCUACCAGAGCUCCUCACUUCCAUAGACAAGCUCAGAGGUGCAGAUAGAGAGGAUGCCUUACAUCGCGCCCUUGGAGUUGACACUAGGCAGCUUAAGAACGACCUAUUGGGGCCUCAAGAGUUAGAUGAAGACACCAGGACGCUGAGACAACUUGCAGAAGCCGUGGAAGCCGCUGUACGAGGAGGAAAGGAAGGAGUGCUUGGUUUGGACUGGGACGAAUGAACCAUAAAACCACAAGAUGAAAUAUGCCAGAGUGGAGAUAUAUGCACAGGGAAAAUCACCAUGAGACAGCAACGAGAUGCAAAUCCAACAAACCUAUCCUUUGCACUUCACUUCACUCCCAAAAACAACAAUCCUCUCUUCGCCUUCUCCACUUCCUCCUCGAGUUCACGCCCUUCACUAGCUGUCCACCAAUCUGCCUUAUCGAUGUCUUCGGCCUUCUUCCCGCUCCUAAUAGCAGACUCGAAUGCCGAUUUCCUGGCAUUUAGGCUGGCCAUCCGUCGGGGAUCCGAGUGACCGGUGAAAAUGAUCAAUGCCGUCCGUGCGGGGAGAGACGCGUAGAGGGUGACUAGCUGGUUGUU